AUGGCGGCGGCGGCGGCGGCGGCGGCGGCGGCUGUGGCGGGUUGGCUGGGCUGGGUGCUCGCAGCGCUGUGUCUGGGCAGCAGCGCGGGGGAGGCGGCGCCGGGCGCGGGACUGCUGAGCUUCUGCAUGGAGGAGGACGGCGCGCCGGCCGCAGGCUCCCUGCGCGGAAGGGCAGCGCCGGAGGCCACUCUGUGCUUGCGACUCUUCUGCUCGGGCUUAGCCAACAGCUCCUGGACCUGGGCGGCCCCCGAGGGCGCAGGCUGCUCCGAGGGCGGGCGGGCCACGGAGCCCGAGGAGGCGGCCGCCCCCACGGGCGAGUGGCGCGCGCUGCUGCGCCUGCGCGCCGAGGCCGGGCACCCGCGCUCCGCGCUGCUGGCCGUGCGCGUGGAGCCGGGCGGCGGGUGCCCGGCCUUGGACCUGCUUGUCUUCAUCCAGUAG